AGGACUUUUGUACUUGUCGGAGCUCCUCCGAAAGUCGUACGUCUUUGCAGAAAGGCAGAGAUUGUAGUAGGCAGAAAUAGAUCGGUGGCUGAACUAUUGAUGGGAGAGAAGAAAAUGAGAAUUGAUUUGGCUAAGUUAAAGUGGGUUACCGUAUUACGGUGAUGUGCGUAAAUUUUCCAUAUAUCAUACCUUGGUUCUUCUUUAUGAAAAGCCUAGCCCCCGUGAUUCCGCCCAAACCAAAAAAAUAAAAAAUGAAGUGGCAGCUUUAGUAAAUUUCCGGAAAAGAAUGGGGGCAAAAGUAACGAUACACAUGUAUUUAGCUCCAAUUCUAUUCAUUUUCCAUUGACUCUCUCUCUGUAUGAUUAAAAAGAUUAACCACUCCACUUCUCCUCUAAUAUAAAUACACUUUUUAUAUUAAAAAUUAAACCGCCCGCCAACAUCGGCUCCGCCCAACCCCGUGACUUUUCCGGUCCGAUUUUGCUAGAUAAACCUGAUUUAUUGUCGAGAAAUUCCAGGUAGAAAAGAUAGAAGAAAAUCAUGACGUCCGGCACGAGAAUGCCGACGUGGAAGGAGAGAGAGAACAACAAGCGGAGGGAACGGCGUCGGAGGGCGAUCGCUGCGAAGAUAUACUCCGGCCUAAGGAUGUAUGGAAACUAUAAACUACCCAAACACUGUGACAACAACGAAGUCCUUAAAGCUCUCUGCAAUGAAGCUGGAUGGACCGUCGAAGAAGACGGUACCACCUACAGAAAGGGGUGCAAACCAAUGGACCGGAUGGACAUAAUGGGAGGGUCGACAUCAGCAAGCCCAUGUUCAUCAUAUCAGCCGAGCCCAUGUGCGUCCUAUAAUCCAAGCCCGGCCUCAUCUUCCUUUCCAAGCCCAGUUUCAUCUCAUUACACUGCCAACAUAAACAGCAACAAUAAUGCUGAUCCAAAUUCGCUCAUUCCAUGGCUUAAAACCCUUACUUCAGGCUCAUCAUCAGCCACGUCCAAGUUUCCCCACCACCUAUUCAUCCACAGUGGCUCAAUAAGUGCUCCAGUGACCCCGCCACUGAGUUCCCCAACUUGCAGAACUCCCCGGAACAAAAACGAGUGGGAUGACCCAAUGGUAGCCAGUCAAAACAACCCUUUCCAGCCCUCGUCCAACCCGCAAAGCCCAGGUCGCCAGGUCCUGCCUGAUUCAAACUGGCUCGCUGGUAUCCAAAGUGGGCCGUCUUCCCCAACAUUUAGCCUGGUGUCGAGAAAUCCAUUUGGGUUUAAGGAUGAGGCCUUAUCAAACGGAGGUUCACGAAUGUGGACUCCAGGGCAAAGCGGAACUUGCUCCCCUGCCAUUGCUGCGGGACUCGAUAACACCUCAGAUAUUCCCAUGUCGGAUGGUAAUAUUGCAGGAGCUGAGUUUGCCUUUGGAAGUAAUACGACAUGUUUGGUGAAACCUUGGGAAGGUGAGAGAAUCGAGGAAUGUGCCUCUGAUGAUCUCGAACUCACACUUGGGAACGCUACGACCAGGUAAGUGGUUGGAGGCAAUAAAUUAGUCAGUGUCGUUGGUUUCAUUAAUUCUAUUCUAUCGUCUUGGAUUUGUUUGUGAACGAGUGUCGCUUUGUUUGGUGCAGCAGAUAAGACACUUGAAAACAUGGUUCUUCUUUUAAAUGUCAAAUUCGAUCCCAUGUCCGCGAGUGUUUUUGUGGCCAAGGCAUGUCAGUUUAGAAGUACAGUGAGUAGGAGCAGCUGCUUUUUUUUUUUUUUUUUUUUUUAAAAAAAAAUAUUAAAGAUGAAAGAAAAAUAGACUUUAUUUCAAUUAUAAACAGUACAUGGUAGUGCUUGUUCGGUCUCUUUAGUUCAAUUCAUUUUUCCAAUCUGUUUCAUUUCUUAUUUUAUUUCCAAAGGGGAGGUUCAUAUACAAGGAAUGAUACUCUGGACUGGUGGUCUGAUUGUUGCUUUGAUAUGUUAUUGGGCUUGUAAUUGAAAGAGAAUUUGGAAGUCAUGAUACGGAUCGAUGGUCUGUCUACUUGUAUUUGUUUUGUUUGAGUAAAUAUUACAACCAUUUAUGUCUCUAUCGUUGUAAGAGUUACAACAGGUCCGGGAAACGACAUUGACAAUAUGCUAUUGGCUAUUAUAUGAAUCAAGAUCGUUUUGAGCUGGCUAA